GCUGCUGGGAGGACGCAGUAUCGACAUUUGGUCUCGGACAGCCGGCCGGACACCUCUUCUUCAGAGAACGCUUUCAGUCGCCCACCAAGCCCCGGUCCGGUGUCGUUGUUUUGCCGCCCAGCAGAGCGAGAUCUGAGGGGAAGCAGACCAGACCUGCCCUCCCUGCCCGGAGAGGGAAUCACAACCAGUGCUCCAGCCACACACGCCCUCUUCGCCUCCCAUCAUGCAGACCUCCGCUCUUCUCCUCCUCUCCCCAAUCUUCGUCCUGUCUCUCCUCAUCCCCACCUGCUCCACCCAGAGUGAGGCAGACCUCAUCGUCCAGACACGUACCGGUCGAGUCCGUGGUAUCCUCCUGCCAGUGCCGGACCGAAGCUACGUUACUUCUUUCCUGGGCAUCCCCUUUGCUGAGCCGCCAGUGGGGAAGCGGCGUUUCCGUCGUGCUGAGCCCAAACGUCCGUGGACAGGGGUGUACGAGGCCAACGUCUACCCCAACGCCUGCUACCAGUUUGUGGACACAUCAUUCCCUGGCUUCCAGGGCAGCGAGAUGUGGAACCCUAACAGGGAUAUGAGCGAGGACUGCCUGUACCUCAACGUCUGGGUGCCCUCCUCACCCAGACCACACAACCUCACCGUCAUGGUCUGGAUCUACGGUGGAGGGUUCUACAGUGGCUCUUCUUCUCUGGAUGUGUACGACGGUCGUUACCUGGCUCACACUGAGACGGUCAUUGUAGUCUCCAUGAACUACCGGAUCGGGGCCUUCGGCUUUCUCGCUCUGCAUGGUUCCUCUGAGGCCCCUGGCAACAUGGGUCUGCUGGACCAGAGGAUGGCGCUGCAGUGGGUUCAAGACAACAUCCAUUUCUUUGGUGGAAACCCCAAACAGGUGACUAUCUUUGGGGAAAGUGCUGGUGGUGCCUCUGUAGGAUUCCACCUCUUGUCUCCAGACAGCCGGCCUACCUUCACCAGGGCCAUCCUCCAGAGUGGGGUCCCCAACUGCCCCUGGGCCUCAGUCAGCCCCGCCGAGGCCCGCAGACGGGCCACGCUGCUGGGGAAGCUGGUUGGCUGUAAUGGAGGAAAUGACACCGAACUGGUGGACUGUCUGCGCAGCAAAACUCCACAGGAGCUCAUUGACCAGGAGUGGCAGGUCCUGCCAUGGUCGGCCCUGUUCCGGUUCUCAUUUGUCCCCGUUGUGGACGGAGAGGUUCUGCCUGACACUCCCGAGGCCAUGCUCAGUUCAGGCAACUUCAAAGACACUCAGAUCCUCCUCGGGGUCAACCAGGACGAGGGCUCCUACUUCCUGCUGUACGGAGCGCCGGGCUUCAGCAAGGACAACGAGAGCCUGAUCUCCAGAGAGGACUUCCUGGAAGGUGUCAAGCUGAGCGUCCCACAUGCUAACGACAUCGGCCUGGAGGCGGUGGUCCUGCAGUACACCGACUGGUUGGACGAGAACAACAAGUUGAAGAACCGAGACGCCAUGGACGAUAUCGUGGGUGACCACAACGUCAUCUGCCCUCUGGCCCACUUCGCCCGCUCCUACGCCCAGCACAGCGCCCUGAAGGCCAACACGGGUGGCGCUGGGGUGAUGAACAGUGCAGGAAACUCACAAGGAGGGGUCUACCUGUACUUGUUUGACCACCGAGCCUCCAACCUGGCCUGGCCAGAGUGGAUGGGUGUGAUCCACGGCUAUGAGAUUGAGUUUGUCUUCGGCCUCCCGCUGGAGAAGAGACUCAACUACACCCUGGACGAGGAGAAGCUGAGCCGACGCAUGAUGAGAUACUGGGCCAACUUCGCACAAACUGGAAAUCCCAAUGUGAACCAUGAGGGGCAGGCGGAGAGCAGGAGGCGCUGGCCUCUGUUCACCGUCAGUGACCAGAAACUCGUGGGACUCAACACUGAACCUUUGAGGGUCUACAAAGGUCUGAGGAACCAGAUGUGUGCUUUCUGGAACCGCUUCCUGCCACGCCUCCUCAACAUCACCGACAACAUCGACGAGGCGGAGCGUCAGUGGAAGGUGGAGUUCCACCGCUGGUCCUCCUACAUGAUGCACUGGAAGAGCCAGUUUGACCACUACAGCAAGCAGGAGCGCUGCACCGACCUCUGAGCGCCUCGGCAGAGAGCUGAGACC